AUGACAAACACAGUUCCUAUGGAACCUCAUUCAUCCUAUCAAGCAUCACCUAUUCAACGCUAUGACGAGAUCACAAAGACGGGAGGACCUGUAAAAGCAGAUCCCGGUCAAAGACAAGUGAUAGAGAAACUCGAUCAAGUAUGGCAUCAACUUCAAGGCUAUACACCUCCACCUUAUCAAUCACCCAGUCAUUCAUGGACUCGAUGGUUUGGUACCAAAUAUCAGGCACAGCAUCAUGGACCUAAAUCCUUAUACAUCUAUGGUAAUGUGGGUACAGGGAAAACCAUGGUCAUGGAUCUCUUUUUUGAUAGUCUGCCCAUCCGUCGUAAACGAAGAGUUCAUUUCCAUGCUUUUAUGUUGGAUGUGCAUCAACGUCUGCAUCAAAUCAAGACAAGGCACCCUGGCCUAAGUGAUCCACUCUCACCUAUGGCAGAUGAUCUGGUCAAAGAAGCCUAUGUCUUAUGCUUUGAUGAAUUCCAAGUGACAGAUAUUGCAGAUGCCAUGAUUCUUCGUCACUUGUUUGAAGAACUCUUUAAACGGGGUGUUGUCUUGAUCACCACGUCCAAUCGUCACCCUACUGAACUCUACAAGAAUGGCAUUCAGCGUGUGUCUUUCUUGCCCUGUAUUGAUUUACUCAUGAACAAAUGUGAUGUCCUCUGCUUGGAUUCUGGUACUGAUUAUCGUAAGAUAGAGCGUAUUCAAUCUCAAGUCUAUUUCUAUCCACUCAAUCAAGACACACAGGCUAAGAUAGACAAGAUCACACAACGCUUGACACACAAUAAGCCUAUGAAACCUAUGGACCUUCAUUUCUUGUCUCGUACCUUGACAAUUCCACAACAACUAGACGGUGUGGCCAAAGUACGAUUUGCAGAUGUCUGUGCUCAACCCCUCAGUGCUGCUGAUUAUCUUGAGAUCGUCAAGCAUUUCCAUACAGUGAUCUUGACAGAUAUUCCCCGUAUGACCAUGAAGCACCGUGCAGAAGCCCGCCGAUUCAUUACGUUUAUUGAUGCCAUGUAUGAAUCUCAUGUGACUUUGAUUGCUAGUGCUGAGAACAGCAUGAUGGACAUCUUUCAUGCAGAAGAAGGCAAAGAACAAAUGCAAGAAGAAAUGCUCGCUUCUUUAGACAUUGAUGUCUCAGACAUAUCUUCUCCUUUAUUUACUGGACAAGAAGAAGCGUUUGCUUUUCAAAGAGCUUUAUCAAGAUUGAUUCAAAUGCAAAGUCAAGCAUGGGUACGUGAUGAACUUAAAUAA